UUAUAUGAGGGUUGAAGACUAAGCGCUGAGUUGCUCAACUAACAUGCUGAGUGUUUUUGAUGGGGAUAAAAACUGCCACAGAAUACUUCUCCAGGUUGUGCUUUCUCUGAAGUUCUCACCUGGGGGGGCUUCCCGGGGACCCCUUGUUUCUAGAUCCCUGCCUCCACAGUGACCUCAUUUGGUUCUGAGGCGAGCAGAAACGUGACACGUGAAACGUGUGAUGCAGCGUCUCCAUGUCAUCGCAACGAUCGGCUCUUCCCUCGGUUCAUCGCCGUAGCGAUAGAGUCGCCAGUCGUAUCACUUGUCAAGGCAGCAUCACCAUAUUUAUCAUCAGCUAUGGCACUCCUCAGGCGGCACGCGUCGAGACUCUUGCACGCCAUCAAACUAAUAAACCAUAUCUGAUGUUCCUUUACUUUAGUUCACCUUCACCUUCACCUUCUUCUGCCGCUUAUCCGGGGCUGGGUCGCUGAGGCAGCAUUCGGAGCAGGGAAGCCCAAACUUCCCGGUCCGCACAAACCUCCUCCAGCUCCUCCCGGGGGAUCCCGAGGCGUUCCCAGGCCAGACCGGAGACAUAAUCUCUCCAGCGAGUCCUGGGUCUUCCCCGGGGUCUCCUCCCGGUAGGACAUGCCCGGAACACCUCCCCAGGGAGGCGUCCAGGGAGCAUCCGGAUCAGAUGCCCGAACCACCUCAACUGGUUCCUCUCGAUGUGGAGGAGCAGCGGCUCCACCCCGCACUCCUCCUGGAUGACCGAACUCCUCACCCUGUCUCUAAGGGUGCGCCCAGCCACCCUGCGGAGGAAACUCAUCUCAGCCGCUUGUAUCCGCGAUCGCAUCCUUUCGGUCAUUACCCAAAGCUCGUGACCAUAGGUGAGGGUGGGAACGUAGAUCGAUCGGUAAAUCGAGAGCUUCGUCUUGUGACCUAGCUCCCUCUUCACCACGACGGUCCGAUACAGCGACUGCAUCACUGCUGCAGCUGCACCAACCCGUCUAUCAAUCUCACGCUUCUCACUCUUUUCCCUCACUCGAGAACAAGACCCUGAGAUACUUAAACUCCACCACUUGGGGCAAGAACUCUCCACCGACCUGGAGAGAGCAAACCACCUUAUUCCGGUCGAGAACCAUGGCCUCAGACUUGGAGGUGCUGAUCCUCAUCCCGGCCGCUUCACACUCGGCUGCAAACCGCCCCAGCGCAUGCUGAAGGUCCCGGUCCGAUGAGGCCAGCAGAACAACAUCAUCCGCAAAUAGCAGAGAUGAAAUUCUGUGGUUCCCGAACCGGAUUCCCUCCGACCCCUGGCUACGUCUAGAAAUUCUGUCCAUAAAAGUGAUGAACAGAACCGGUGACAAAGGGCAGCCCUGGCGGAGGCCAACAUGCACCGGGAACAGGUCUGAUUUACUGCCGGCAAUGCGAACCAUGCUCCUGCUCCGGUCAUACCAGGGACCGGACAGCCCCUAGCAGAGGGCCCCGUACCCCACUUUACUUUAGUUUAUUUUUCAAUUUAUGUUUAUAUAUAUAUAUAUAUAUAUAUAUUUUUUUUUUUUAUUCACUGCCAUCACGAUACACAUUGUGGCCUCUCAGUAAAUACAUGCAAAUGAAAUGCAUGCUAACAUGGUGGACAUAUCAGUUUUAAAAAAAGAGGAGUCCUCGGGUCAGAAGCCUCUACAGCUUCUGGAACAUACGACCAUGGGGUCAUCAGUCCCUCUGCUAGUUUUGAUGUUACAGUUUAGCGGUGAAGAAGGACUCCACACACCUCAUCGGGGCCCCAGAAACAUCCGCAUAUUAUCAACAAUUAAAAUCUCCAGCUUGUAAUGGCGGUUUCAAUUAUAAAAUAAUGUUUAAAAUAAUUAAAAAUAAUGAUUGUGGAGCUGCAUUAAUGCAAGUCAAAACAAAUGAAAAUGCAUUACAUGUGGAUGGAGGUGGCUCAACUCCAUGUCACGUCAGUCGUGUUAUGAAUGCGCUGAGCAGAGUCAGUCGAGGGCCCAGAUGCAUCCACCUGUGAGGAGGAGCAUUUGACUCCGGUCCACUUUCACCUUUUCACAUCAGGGGCAGAUUCCUGGACAGCAGCUUCUUUUUUAUCCGAGUUCAAGAUGCCUUCACAGGUGCGCACAGAGUCUUGUGACAUCCAUGUCAAUAGCACUGACCUCAUUGAGUCAUGGCCUUCGGUGUGGAAUCACAAAUGUCCCAGGAAUGCUGCAGGCUAAAAGGAAACUAUUUAUCAGUUGGUCAGCACAGUGUCGGCGUUAUCAGAUGGCGACAUUCAUCUCACUCAACAGCACAUAAAAAAAUUAUCACAGAUAUUCGUCAACAAGGGGCGGUGAAUUCGCAUCGAGGAACACACAUAGAAAGGUGAAGCUUUCCUCUCACGACCAUGAUGUUUUGGUCACUUACAGAUCUUGUAUUUGCAGCUGUUUUGUUAUGAAUUCCAGGUGACGCUGUACAUGUUGACGCCUGAAAUCUUCAGAUUUCUUUAUUCAUUUCGGUUAAAAAUCAGCCAUUAAUAAUAAAAAAAACCCACUAGUGAAACACAUCACACUACAUCAAAUAUGUUCUUCUACUAUUGCAAUACAAAAUUCCUCCAUGGGAGACUCAGGCAACUUAAGUCCUGAUGAUGGAAUAUGAAAAAACGUAAGCUUUUAUGUUGUUGGCCUUGAGCAGAGGAUCAAGCUGGGAACCUGUUCUUAACAAGAUUUCUAUCAUUUUUAAAGGCCACUCCACCUUUGCCCUUCCGUGUAAUAGUGAGUACCAGGUGUCAAGGGCCAUUGACUACUAGCAUUUCACAAAUAACCUGUUAUUUUUUAUGUGCGAAAUAAACCUUUUUUUUACAUACGGAUUUCAAUAAUAUUAAUUAUUAUUUCCCCUAAUGGUAACAGGGGUGUUGUUUUUAUAUAUCCAGCAGUACCCUUCUUUGGCGUCAGCAGGCCUGGCCCCACCACCGCAGAUCCCAGAACAUACCAUAACAGCGCCCCCUGUUCCGAGAUCAGAGUGACUUCAUGUGUCAGUGGGAGGAAGCCCACCUUCACUCCAAAGCAAAGGCGCCACCAGCUGGAUUCAAACCUCAUGAUAUGCAGUACACCUAACAUCUGCUUUACGACCUGCUCGACUUAAGACCAUGGCCAGCAGAUGCUUAUUUAUAUUUUUUUUAUUCAAUGUCUGGCACCGCAGCAUGUAGCAGCCCUGCAUCGCAUACGACAGUUACGGCAGCACAGUAUCCCAGCAUCUCACUCUGACACAGCCAUCUACCACUACAGGAGUACAGUACCUAUAACCCUCGCGUCGGCUAUUUUCAAUGGCAUUCUACUUAUGUCCAAUCCGACUUACGACCGGUUGGUCGGAACAUAAGUUGGAUGUUACUUGUAUAUGAUGCUCAACAGAUGUGGCGGACUCAGAGGCUCGUCCAAAAAAAUGGUUACGGCAAAUAUUGAAAUAAUGUGACCAACAUUCUCAUCUCACAUUCCUUUCAUUCAUUCACAUGACAAGUGAGUGGCUGCCGUUUCAGUCUGAGGUGACGCGCCUGUGCACAUCUACGUCGGGGCCCUCGGUUAUGUCGUUGUAAGCAGGCACUCAGGUGCAGGUACAUGCUUUUGACCUCUGUGAGCACAAAUUGGUUUGAAAUAGCUCGCGAACAUUGUGUCAACUAUUUCCUUGAUCUGGAACAGGAUAGGCCUCUUGUUAUCACAGUCCAGAGCAGAGCUCAGAAGGAGGUUCGGAGAGGAGGGGUUCAUACGCUGAUGCUAUAAAAAGCCUUGGCGGACGGUGGAAGGCAGCAGUGCAGCCAAAGAGAACCAGUCCACCCAUGCAGACUGGAGACUUCGGGACACAUGCCCGGACCACACUGCUCUAAGGCUGUUCAGAAGACUAUCGUUCCCUCUUCUGCUCAACUCCUCUCCGACGUUCCCGCCACUUCCCUCACUGAGCUGCAGCCCCUCAUGGCUAUAAAGCAGGAGAUGCCAGAGGACGCAUCGUCCAAUGAAUCUGCACAACAGGUUAAGGCCGCCAGCACGUGCCAGCAGCGUGCUCGCGCCAGGCUCUUCAAGGGCGUGUCAUAUUUUGCGGGAGACAUGCCCGUGUUUGGGAAGUGGAUGGAAAAACAGUUUUUGCUCCUGCAGCUGCUUGACUGGGUUCUGCGUGGGGCGGCUCAGGUGAUGUUUGUCAACAACCCACUCAGCGGGCUCAUCAUCUUCGGGGGACUCAUCCUUCAGAACUACUGGGGAGCGAUAGCGGCCGGGCUAUACGGAUACAACGGGAUCCUGGUGGGCCUUCUGAUGGCUGUGUUCUCUGACGGAGGGAACUGGUACUGGUGGCUCCUGCUGCCAAACAUAUUCAUGUCUAUGAUGUGCCCGAUUGUGUCGAGCGCCUUGGCGUCUAUCAACAGUCGCUGGGACUUACCAGUCUUCACGCUCCCCUUCAACAUCUUGGUGUGCCUGCACAUGGUGGCCACGGGUCACUACAACAACCACUUCCCCCAGGUCCUGAUCCAACCUCGCUCGGAGAUGCCCAACAUCACCUGGUCGGAAAUCGACCUUUCUAAACUGUUCAUGUCUGUGCCAGUGGGCAUAGGCCAAGUCUAUGGCUGCGACAAUCCCUGGACCGGAGGAAUGUUCAUCAUCUCACUCUUCAUCUCCUCCCCCAUCACCUGCGCACACGCCAUUCUGGGGUCUGCAGUCGGCAUGGUGUCUGGUCUUGCUCUGGCAGCUCCAUUUGGAGACAUCUACUUCGGCCUGUGGGGCUACAACUGUGUGUUAGCCUGCAUUGCCAUCGGAGGAAUGUUUUACGCGCUCACCUGGCAGGUUCACCUGCUCGCCAUCACGUGUGCUUUCUUCUGCGCCUAUCUCGGCUCUGCCAUCGCCAACAUCAUGUCCACGUUUGGUCUCCCAGCUUGCACGUGGCCCUUCUGUCUCUCAGCGCUCACCUUCCUUCUCAUCACCACGGGAACCAACAGCAUCUUCAAGCUGCCCCUAGCUAAAGUCACAUACCCGGAGAAAAACCUGCGCUUCUUCUGGAAGCUGAGGAAACAGGAGGAAGCAGACAGGUUAGAGAAGGAGAAAAUCGACACUGAGAAGCAGGAUGAUGAAACCAAAGAGGAACUGAAGAUUGAGAUCGAGCGAUUGGAAGAGAACUUGCCAACAGUAAAUGUAGACUAUAGCACAGAAGAGAUGGAGAACAAUGAAGAGAAUGAAACUAAACAGAACGAUCUUGACAAGAUAAAUCUUGCUAAUAUUGUUUGAAAAUACAUUUCCAGAGUGAUGUUACGAUGAUUUGACGUGUAUUAUGUGUCAUGACUCAAGUAGCAGAAUAUACCAACUGUAUUUAUUUUCCAAAAAUAUAUAAUUAUUUCU